CUCAUCGCCAGAGGCUGCCCGAUAUGUGCCGAGCAGUGGCCGCCAUAUUCCCGGAGACCACCAGGACACCGUGUAAGGGGAGGAGCCCGAGUCACGGUCCCAGGAUGGAGGACACGCCUCCCUGCGACGUCACGUGAUGCAAACAUCCCUGUAAGAUGGCGGCGCUGUGACGGGCAGUCCCUUUGCUCCUUCCUGACUUGUCCGAGGCUCCAGGUUUUGGUCCACGUGAUAUGAGCCGCAGAGCGGGGACCUUAGGCCAUGGAGAGAUCGCCGGAAGAUGCGGGAGGGAGCCCAGCCACCCUGUUCCAGCUGUCCGCCCAGGCGGUGACCGCAGACAUGGAGCGGCUGGAGGAAGACGUGUGGGGGCUCCCGUCUGUCGUCCUUCAGGGCCUCCUCCCGAUGCUGAACAUCUAUUACCUGGAGAGGAUCGAGCCGGCAGCCGUGCGGAAAGGGCUCUCCACACAGUCCGUCUGGUGUAAGUUGUGGAAGGACAUCAUGAAGAGUAAACCGUCCCGACUGGUGACAGUGAUGUGCUGGAGGAAGAAGUUCCUUGAAGCGUUUUUCCACAAUGUCCUUCGCGGGAUCCUUGACGUGUCCUCUGACCAGCGGCUGCACGACCGCCGCUUCUCCCCGCUGGUCCACAGCGCGCGCCAUGUCUCGGAGCUGACCAUCUGUAACAAGCAGCAGGAGGUGACGGAGCUGACCCCCGCCCUGCUGCAGAGCCUGGCCCAGUCUGCGGAGGCGCUGAAGUUCCUGCACCUGCGCUCAUCUGACCCCGACACCCAGAAGUGCCUGCGCCUGCUGCUGCACCACCUCAUCCACCACGGCCACGUCAACAAGGUGUCGGUGCUGUCCUGGCCCUGUCCUGACAACCAGCUGCUGGAGCUGAUCCUGACAAUGAGCGCCGGCUACUGGCAGCCUGCCACAGACUGCCCCUGCAGCUCCUGCCUCCCGGCUGACAGCGCCCCCGGCAGCGAGGAGCGGAGCGGCGCCAUGUUAAGCCUGCAGCCCCUUAAUAUCAGCCAGAAUGUCCCUGCCUCAUCUACCUCAUGUGGGGGCCCGGGCGGGGGCCACUCCUCUGAGCCCAGUGACUUGUAUGACUUCAUUUUUAGUGUUUCAGCAGUGGAAGAGAGCGCCCCCGAGGCCUCCUGUGUGGAUGGGGUGAGAAGUGUGGGGGCGUCACCGUUAUCUGGGGCCGUGCUUUUCAGGAGUGUCAGAGCACUCAACCUACACAACAUCCCCCUUACUUUACCCUCCUGUCGCUCUCUGUGCCGCCUGCUGCGCUCGUGGACGUCCCUGGAACGGCUGACUAUGGCGUACAACGAUCUAGGGGCCAAUAUCGCUCUGGUUUUGGAGGCGUUGUCUGCCCUGUCGCGGACUCCUGGCUGCUGCCUCAGUGUCUUCUCUCUGAGUGACAUCACCACCUACGUCCCCAUGCUGGAGUUGGUGCAGACGUUGCUCAGGAACCUCCCGAACCUUCAUCUGUUGUCCCUCAGCUACGACCUGGAGAGUCACAGUGACUGGGAGGGUCCCAGUUCUGGAGCCGCGCAGUGCGCAGACAAUGGCUUACAGCAGCUGGAGCUCCGCUUUCCUCAUGACCCUGUGCGGGUGGAGCAUCUGGUGCCUGUGCUGAAGGCGUCCUCCUCCCUGGUGGAGCUCUCUCUGGACAAUGCCACCUUUUCAGACCAGGACGAUCUGAGGCGCGUUCUGCGGGUGAUUGCAGACUGUAACGUUCUACUUCGGAGGCUGGGUUUCCAUGAUAUGAAGAUGUCGGACGCUCCCUGUGAGAUUUUGCACUUACUUAGUCUUUCCAGACUUGAAGAAGUUAAGUUCUCGUUCUGCCGCCUCUUCGAGACGUCGUCGGCUGAUUUUGUCGCGGAGUUCGUCGCCGCUGUCAGAAGAAACCCGUCUGUGAGGAUCCUAACGCUGAACGGGAACCGCCUGGGUAAUGACGGGCUGUGUGCACUGGCUGAGCUCUACUCCCCCGACUCCCGCUCUGGAAUCAUCUACUUGGAUGUCAGGUAACGCUCCUCCGCCUGUACGUAGACCGGUGUAUACGGGGCCCCUCGGCUGGGCACAGUGGCCCUCUGGAGGGGAUGAGAUGACACCAGCCCGUGGGGCUCCGUAUGUUUCAUGUAUGACGUUUCCCUCAUCGAUACAGUCAGGAAUAGGUUAAAGCCCCCCAGGUACAACUAGUCAGAGACAGGUUAGUGAGCGGUACCGAUCAGUCACCGUGGCCCCUAUGAGGCGGAGCCGCUGGAUCUUAUCUCUCUCUAGGUCAUGAUGGCGACACUUCUCCUGCGCUGUCCAAGCCUUUUCCUGUCUGUAUGCCGCCUCCCUGCGGUAAGAGCGAGGUGUGCUGCGCAAGUCCGUAUUACUGUGCAUGCAUGGAGGUACUCACAGGUGUCCCGCGGAAUACUGGAACGGGUCUCAGUCUGAUGGCAAUUCAAGAUGGUGCCUUCCCCUUUAAGUGGCCACUGCGCCUCUUGAUUGCAAGGAGAACGUUUGCCUCUGGUUUUGUCUCCCAUUAUGGCUGGCUGCUCCGCGCCCCGGGGUUGUGUGUGCAGCACCUCUCUCAUGAGUGCACUGCCCAGCUGAGGAGGCUGGAUGGCCGGUGCAUCCGCGGAGAGGGUCUACACCUCACAGGAGCGCCCGCUCCUUACUGCCCGGCUGAGGAGGCUGGAUGGCCAGUGCAUCCGCGGAGAGGGUCUACACCUCACAGGAGCGCCCGCUCCUUAUUGCCCGGCUGAGGAGGCUGGAUGGCCGGUGCAUCCGCGGAGAGGGUCUACACCUCACAGGAGCGCCCGCUCCUUACUGCCCGGCUGAGGAGGCUGGAUGGCCAGUGCAUCCGCGGAGAGGGUCUACACCUCACAGGAGUGCCCGCUCCUUACUGCCCGGCUGAGGGAGCUGGAUGGCCGGUGCAUCCGUGGAGAGGGUCUACACCUCACAGGAGCGCCCCCUCAAUACUGCCCGGCUGAGGAGGCUGGAUGGCUGGUGCAUCCGCGGAGAGUGUCUACACCUCACAGGAGCGCCCGCUCCUUACUGCCCGGCUGAGGGGGCUGGAUGGCCGGUGCAUCCGCGGAGAGGGUCUACACCUCACAGGAGCGCCCUUUCCUUACUGCCCGCUGAGGGGGCUGGAUGGACGGUGCAUCCGCGGAGAGGGUCUACACCUCACAGGAUCGCCCGCUCCUUACUGCCCGGCUGAGGAGGCUGGAUGGCCGGUGCAUCCGCGGAGAGUGUCUACACCUCACAGGAGCGCCCCCUCCUUACUGCCCGGCUGAGGAGGCUGGUUGGACGGUGCAUCCACGGAGAGUGUCUACACCUCACAGGAGCGCCCCCUCAUUACUGCCCGGCUGAGGAGGCUGGAUGGACGGUGCAUCCACGGAGAGUGUCUACACCUCACAGGACCGCCCGCUCCUUACUGCCCGGCUGAGGAGGCUGGAUGGCCAGUGCAUCCGCGGAGAGGGUCUACACCUCACAGGAGUGCCCGCUCCUUACUGCCCGGCUCAGGGGGCUGGAUGGCCGGUGCAUCCGCAGAGAGUGUCUACACCUCACAGGAGCGCCCGCUCCUUACUGCCCGGCUGAGGGGGCUGGAUGGCCGGUGCAUCCGCGGAGAGGGUCUACACCUCACAGGAGUGCCCGCUCCUUACUGCCCGGCUGAGGGGGCUGGAUGGCCGGUGCAUCCGUGGAGAGGGUCUACACCUCACAGGAUCGCCCGGUCCUUACUGCCCGGCUGAGGAGGCUGGAUGGACGAUGCAUCCGCGGAGAGUGUCUACACCUCACAGGAGCGCCCUCUCCUUACUGCCCGGCUGAGGGGGCUGGAUGGCCGGUGCAUCCGCGGAGAGUGUCUACACCUCACAGGAGCGCCCUCUCCUUACUGCCCGGCUGAGGAGGCUGGAUGGCCGGUGCAUCCGCGGAGAGGGUCUACACCUCACUGGAGCGCCCCCUCCUUACUGCCCGGCUGAGGAGGCUGGAUGGCUGGUGCAUCCGCGGAGAGUGUCUACACCUCACAGGAGCGCCCGCUCCUUACUGCCCGGCUGAGGGGGCUGGAUGGCCGAUGCAUCCGCGGAGAGGGUCUACACCUCACAGGAGCGCCCGCUCCUUACUGCCCGGCUGAGGAGGCUGGAUGGACGGUGCAUCCACGAAGAGUGUCUACACCUCACAGGAGCGCCCUCUCCUUACUGCCCGGCUGAGGAGGCUGGAUGGACUGUGCAUCCGCGGAGAGUGUCUACACCUCACAGGAGCGCCCGCUCCUUACUGCCCGGCUGAGGGGGCUGGAUCGCCGGUGCAUCCGCGGAGAGGGUCUACACCUCACUGGAGCGCCCCCUCCUUACUGCCCGGCUGAGGAGGCUGGAUGGACUGUGCAUCCGCGGAGAGUGUCUACACCUCACAGGAGCGCCCCCUCCUUACUGCCCGGCUGAGGGGGCUGGAUGGCCGGUGCAUCCGUGGAGAGGGUCUACACCUCACAGGAUCGCCCGCUCCUUACUGCCCGGCUGAGGAGGCUGGAUGGCCGGUGCAUCCGCGGAGAGGGUCUACACCUCACUGGAGCGCCCCCUCCUUACUGCCCGGCUGAGGAGGCUGGAUGGACGGUGCAUCCGCGGAGAGUGUCUACACCUCACAGGAGCGCCCCCUCCUUACUGCCCGGCUGAGGAGGCUGGAUGGCCGGUGCAUCCGCGGAGGGGGUCUACACCUCACAGGAGCGCCCCCUCCUUACUGCCCGGCUGAGGAGGCUGGAUGGACGGUGCAUCCGCGGAGAGUGUCUACACCUCACAGGAGCGCCCCCUCAUUACUGCCCGGCUGAGGAGGCUGGAUGGACGGUGCAUCCGCGGAGAGUGUCUACACCUCACAGGAGCGCCCCCUCCUUACUGCCCGGCUGAGGAGGCUGGAUGGCCGGUGCAUCCGCGGAGGGGGUCUACACCUCACAGGAGCGCCCUCUCCUUACUGCCCGGCUGAGGGGGCUGGAUGGACGGUGCAUCCGUGGAGAGGGUCUACACCUCACAGGAGCGCCCCCUCCUUACUGCCCGGCUGAGGAGGCUGGAUGGCCGAUGCAUCCGCGGAGAGGGUCUACACCUCACAGGAGCGCCCGCUCCUUACUGCCCGGCUGAGGAGGCUGGAUGGCCGGUGCAUCCGCGGAGGGGGUCUACACCUCACAGGAGCGCCCCCUCCUUACUGCCCGGCUGAGGAGGCUGGAUGGACGGUGCAUCCGCGGAGGGGGUCUACACCUCACAGGAGCGCCCCCUCAUUACUGCCCGGCUGAGGAGGCUGGAUGGACGGUGCAUCCGCGGAGAGUGUCUACACCUCACAGGAGCGCCCCCUCCUUACUGCCCGGCUGAGGAGGCUGGAUGGCCGGUGCAUCCGCGGAGGGGGUCUACACCUCACAGGAGCGCCCUCUCCUUACUGCCCGGCUGAGGGGGCUGGAUGGACGGUGCAUCCGUGGAGAGGGUCUACACCUCACAGGACCGCCCGCUCCUUACUGCCCGGCUGAGGAGGCUGGAUGGACGGUGCAUCCGCGGAGAGGGUCUACACUUCACAGGAGCGCCCGCUCCUUAUUGCCCGGCUGAGGAGGCUGGAUGGACGGUGCAUCCGCGGAGAGGGUCUACACUUCACAGGAGCGCCCGCUCCUUAUUGCCCGGCUGAGGGGGCUGGAUGGACGUUGCAUCCGCGGAGAGUGUCUACACCUCACAGGAGCGCCCGCUCCUUACUGCCCGGCUGAGGGGGCUGGAUGGACGGUGCAUCCGCGGAGAGUGUCUACACCUCACAGGAGCGCCCGCUCCUUACUGCCCGGCUGAGGGGGCUGGAUGGACGGUGCAUCCGCGGAGAGGGUCUACACCUCACAGGAGCGCCCCCUCCUUACUGCCCGGCUGAGGAGGCUGGAUGGCCGGUGCAUCCGCGGAGAGUGUCUACACCUCACUGGAGCCCCGCUCCUUA